ACAAUAAUCUCGUGCGUGAGCAAACUCCAAUGAUUUUUAGGCAGACAACACCUAAAAAUAGGCCACCACCUUCCCUGUAGCAGUUUGGCACCUGUCGUUUUCAAUCACCUUGGAAAAAAUAAUAAACGGUGAGAUAGAUGGACAAGUAGACUGAUGUGUUGACCACAGAGAUUGACCCAACGACAUCAAACAAACUGGGAAAUGUGGCGACGGAUCUCGGAAGACGACAGAGGAGUUGACCACUGAAUGUGAAACAUUGCUGAAGAUUGUUGAAGAUUGGCCGGAUUUGCAACAAACACACGCACAGUAAACAAGAUGGAUUGUCUGGUGUUGACUGAGUGUCUGACAUAGAUACUGGGCGUCGUCAAGGGCACACAUGGCCCAUACAGUGCAGGACCACCAGAUGGCACAGCCCCAGGCAGCAGUGCUGUCUCUCCCUCCCUCCGGCCAGGCUAAAAGAUGGACAGUGUUGGACUCCCUGCUAUGUGGAGCAUUUGCAGGCGCUGUGGCCAAAACAGUCAUAGCUCCUCUGGACAGAACCAAGAUCAUCUUCCAAGUGUCCUCACAAAGAUUCUCUGCUAAGGAAGCCUUCAGACUCCUCUAUUGUACGUACAUGAAAGAUGGCUUCCUCAGUCUGUGGAGGGGCAACUCUGCCACCAUGGUGCGGGUCAUCCCCUACGCUGCCAUCCAGUUCAGCUCCCACGACCAGUACAAGAGAAUCCUGGGGGGAUACUUCGGCUUCCAGGGAAAAGCCCUUCCUCCUUUUCCACGUUUCCUGGCAGGGUCGUUGGCUGGCACCACAGCUGCCAUGCUCACCUAUCCCCUGGACAUGGUGCGGGCCAGGAUGGCAGUGACGCCCAGACAAAUGUACAGCAACAUUCUGCACGUGUUUGUACGCAUUACACAGGAGGAGGGCAUUAAGACCCUGUACAGAGGCUUCUGCCCAACCAUCCUGGGAGUGAUCCCAUACUCAGGAAUCACCUUCUUCACAUAUGAGACCCUCAAGAAUCUGCAUGCAGAGAGGACUAGGCGGUCCCAGCCGUACUCCUACGAGCGUCUGGCGUUUGGCGCGUGUGCCGGCCUGAUCGGCCAGUCGGCCUCUUACCCGCUGGACGUGGUUCGCCGACGUAUGCAGACAGCGGGGGUGACGGGCCAACAGUACGGCAGCGUCCUGGGCACCAUGAAGACGAUUGUGGUGCAGGAGGGGGUGGUGCGUGGACUCUACAAGGGCCUCAGUAUGAACUGGAUCAAAGGUCCUAUCGCUGUGGGGGUCAGCUUCACCACCUUUGACCUCAUGCACAACCUCCUGCACAAGAUGCACCAGUUGGGAUACUUCACACACUGAUUCAGCAGGGGGAGCCAGAGGAAAGGGUCACUGUUGGGACUACAGUUGUAGUCCGUCGGUCACAGACACAAUAUGGAUCCUCUGCACUCUACACGUCAGAUAGGGAUUGAAAGGGGAGGCAGAAGCUGUCAGUUUAUUUAAGCGCACAUCCUCUGACACACAUUAAGCACGCACAGCCAGACCCCCCACUCUUGCUGUUGAUGGAUGGGGUGUCUGCACUAAGGCUAAAAUAAGUGUCCUCAAACAGGGUAGAUGUGUGCAUGAGUUUGCAAUAUGAGAGGUAUGAGAAUGUGAAUUAUUUUACGUUUCCAGUCCUUAUAUUUGGUUGAGAUUGUGGUAUUAUGUUUGGUAAGGGCACUUUUACUGGGUCUGGAGAUAUUCAGAGAGGUGAAGAACUUUACUAUGGGUUCAUUUUAGUACAGUAUUUUAUCAACUGUUUGUGCUCACAAUGUUUUCUGUUGCUUUUAACUGAAGAUUCACUUUUAUAUUUUUAACCAUGCAUUGCUGCUUUUCUUCUUGAUUCUUGAUUAUUUCAGGGCUCGUUGCAGCUGUAAUUCGCUGCUCUUCGCUCACUUUUGCAUUUAGCAUCAACGUUUCAUGGAAGAUUCACCUAGUGCGCCUUGCUUUGUUGAUUGCUGGUAGUUGAGGAGAAUGUAGCCUUGUUCCAAAGAGCUUGUUGCUGGAUUUUGACGGUUAGUAAUGUCCAUUUUAUGACGUGCCAAGAUGGAAUGGAAUGGAAACGAAUGUACUGUCAGGUAAAAAAUUAUUGGCACCCUUGAUAAAGAUGAGCAAAAAAGACUAUAAAAUAAAUACUGAGCUAUAUUGUAUGCUCAU